ACUGCCUGCCGGCGGGGCCGGGGAAGGAUUCGAGAGCUGGACCUGCUUCCGGUUGUGACGUGUUCAGCUCGGGCCCUGUCGGUCGGCGGCGUCUGUGGAGCCGGGAGAGGCGAUUGGAAGAGGUGGCAGCAGUGCAGACAUGAAGCUCUACAGUCUGAGUAUAUUAUACAAAGGUGCCACCCGGGUUAACCUACUGAAAGCUGCUUAUGAUGUCUCAUCCUUCAGCUUCUUCCAGAGAUCCAGUGUGCAGGAGUUUAUGACUUUCACAAGUCAGCUGCUUGUGGAACGUUCGCAGAAAGGAAGCAGAGCUGCGCUGAAAGAGCAAGACUACCUGUGUCAUGUCUGCAUCCGCAAUGAUUCGCUGGCGGGAGUAGCAAUCGCCGACAGCGAGUAUCCGUCGAGGGUUUGCUUCACGUUACUCGACAAGGUGUUAGAUGACUUCUUCAAACAGGUGGAUAGCAUAGACUGGCCAUCGGGAAAUCCAAACACUAUUCAGUACACAGGACUGGAUGCUCAACUUGCACGAUAUCAGAACCCACGAGAAGCUGACCCUAUGAGUAAAGUACAAGCGGAACUGGACGAGACCAAAGUCAUCUUGCAUAGCACGAUGGAGUCGCUACUAGAACGAGGCGAGAAGCUGGAUGAUCUCGUGUCAAAAUCAGAAGUUCUGGGCACGCAAUCUAAAGCUUUCUACAAAACGGCUCGCAAACAGAACUCUUGUUGUGAGAUCAUGUGAUUGGGGUGCAGGUCCCCCCCACUCCUCUGCCUUCUGACGUAUGUUUUUUUUAAUGAGAAAUGCCUUCAUCCCGUCGAGCAAACAGCAGUUCCACCGUGGACGGGGACCGCAGACAUCAGGCAGUCGUCACCGUUGCCGCCGCUGCUGUGGGUCGAAGACGGCUAUUUAUUUUCUAUUUUGAUGUCUGUCAGCGAGAGGAGGUGCGGGCCAAUCUGCUGCGGGAGCUGUAAUCAUUUCCUGUGGUUGCUGAUGGGUGUAGUGGUAAUCGCAGUCGCUCCCGUCUCUGCUAGUGUCAUGUACCUUGUUAAAGUCAGUCUGUCAAAGCUGGUGUGGCUGCCGCUAAACCCACUGUGUAGCAUUCACUGGCGAAAUGACACAGCUGAUCCACAUUGCCAUCGUGCUCCCUAAUGUGACGGUGUGUACAGUCUAUAGUGCACUCCCUGGAUACACCUGGUUCUUAUUGCAUCCAUCACAGCUUAGCAUUGUGCACUCCCCCAUCUCCGUCAGGACUUGUCUGUCUGACCAAAAACACAGGCUCUUGUUCCAGUCAGGUAUUGUGAAGGCUUGUCUUGUAGGUUACCUUUGUGCUAAACUUCCUGGUGUGAGUUCAUGUCUGCAUUUUAACGUUUAAGCUGUGGAGAGGAAGCCUUGAUAUCAGAGCAGGGUUGAUCCAUUUACAUUCAGACCACCAGACAUGACGCUGGACAGAGUAGCGGUCUUUGCUCCUCCUGGUCAGUUGUGCACUGAUCUAGACUCUCCUGUGUCUGCAUCUAGUUACUGACCUUGAAUGAGUGUACAAUGACACUGAUCAGAAGCUGCCAUGUGGCCAUUGAAACAAAAGAGGGCAGGGACCAGUGAUGGGGGUUCUUCUAUCUCUGGUUCAUUCUUGAGAGGUGAGAGUAACUUCCAGUGAAUGAUUGCCGUCACUGUGUGAACCUUUGACCUGCCUCUCCAGAUUCUCUCUCUCUCUCUCUCUCUCUCUCACUCUCUCUCUCUCUUCACCCCCCCCCCCUGCCCCACUCUCCCCCAGCAAACUUUACACUGCUCCUUAGGUUUUGGUUCCUCUUUGCCAAUGUCAUUUGCAAACCAGUUGUGAAGGUGCGAGUGAUUCAGAGCUUGUUUGCUUUCUCUCUGCCCUCAUUAACUGGACUGCAGAUGAGUUUUGGGGGGGAGGGGUGGGGGUGAAGAGAGAAGCCUGUGCCCUGCUACGACUCUGGUGAUGUGGGUGGGUCAUUUUAUUCCAGUUAUUUGUCCCUUCCUCUACCAGUGUCUAGUUAUGUUUUUGUGCAAAGCAUUUAAAGUCACCACAAGGCAUGACUGAUUCCUUGUCUGUUUCAGAGUCUCCAGCUCAGGAGGUGAGCUCGGUUCAAAUGGGAAGAUUAUCUUCAGAUGUUGAAAUUUAAUUUUCUUUUAUUUAUAUUUGAGGUCAGGAACAACUUUUGACUUUUCACAGGCAUUCCAAUUUUCGAUGAUGUGGCUUGUAGGCUAGUCGUUAUAAUAUAAUAUAGCUCAUGUCAUGUACAGCUCCUCAGUCCGUCUUAAAACUAACCAUCGCGUUAAUGACCCAGGGAUCGGCACUGGCAGAUUCUGUAGAUUCAGUGCUUUUACAAGCAGAGUUUGUCGUGAUGAAUUGUCCAGAACUUGGUCUAUUUGGAAGCGGAUCUGUUUGAGGCAAGUUCAUGUCCACAGUUGGUAACAAUCGAAAGCUUGAUCCCACAAUAAAUAUAAAUGCAGCUCCAGCAAGUGAGGCCAGCUUCCACGCUGCACUUCAAACUGCAGGCACUUUGGCAGCAACUAUGAACAAUCUUUCUGGGAAACGUUUUCCUUGUACCAUUUUGCUGCAGAAACUUUUAGUAUUAGACAGCAGAGUGAGCCAUGAUUGCAGUAGCAAGACUUCGCCUGUUGAGGGCAAACAAUUUCAGUUUAAAGCUCCACCUGUUAUUCCCUGUCAUAUACUUUGCUGAUCAGUCUUUUGUAUUUUGGGCAAAUAUAAAUUUCACUGGAUGCAUGUGAAGUUUACAACCUGCUUAAUGCAAAUGCUGAGGUCCACACAGGCUAGUCUGAUUAAAAUCGAUCGAAUGUUACUGCUACACUAGCUCCCCCACUGUGGCUUCCAGUCUAAUGGUUAUCAGGUUACUGUGCAGCCUUUGCUCCACUUGUUGUAACAAUCUGUUUACUUCUGCCAUUCCACAGCUUGCAUUAUAUUGUUAGGCAUAUUAACACCUAAAAUAUACUUUAAACGGUCCGUUAAUUGCACUCUGACAGCUUAAAUGUAAGCAUCCAGUUUAUCUUGCAUUUCAGCCCACAUUUAGUAUUGUCCCACAUGUACUUGUCCCUGUUGUAUGGGUUUGAGUUGCUCCAAUAUUUUUGAAGCCUCUGCACAGACUCGGCCCGUUGACACUCCAUAAUUUAGAACGGGGAUGCUGUGGUUUCUGACUUUAGGUUGCUCUUGUCAAUAGCAAAGUUUGCCCUGAUUCCUUGGCUCCUUAAUGACCGGGCGUGACCAGUCUGGGUCUUUCCAAGUACAUUUAGGCAAAACACCCAGGUAUUUCUGUCCCUGCCUCUUGCAUCAAUGCAUCCGUUUGGAAUAGUCAACACGGACUCUUGAUCCACACUGCAGUGUCCUCUAGUCUAUGUCAACUUGCACUGUUGGGUAUUGUUUGUGUGCUGUUGCUUCCUGAGGCCCACUGAAUGCAACAAGGAGAGUGUCAGUUGCCCAGUGGUGGUGAACUUUAGAAUUUAUUGCAGAUUUAUGUGGCAAUGUUGAGCUAAGCUGCUCUAAAAAGGUCUGCCUUUUUGCUUAAAUACAUUUCCAUCGUUUGUUUUUUUUUACUCCCACUUGAAUAAGGCAAAGGCUGACCCCCAUGGCUAGAACACAGACCACUGCUGUCAGUUGCUGAAUCUUGCUGUGGAACUGGAUGAACAAUUCCCUAGACAACCUCUCUAGAGGGUGCUGGUGGUAGCAACACAGGGCAAACGAUUUUAUACCUGGCCUUUUAGAAGGUAUUCCUUCAUCAGGACUAUCUCUUCCAGCGUCUCAGUUGCCACCCGGGUCCAAUCAAUCAGUGAAGGGAGUCUCACUUGUGGUCAAUCAUACGGUUGUGCCUAAACAAAAGGUAUUUGGAUUCACACAUCCUGUAGGGAUAAGAUGGGACAGUGUUCUGUGUGCAUCUAAACACAUCGCGGGACAUUUAUAGCAAACCUACUUCUGUUUGUCUACCUGCUGGAAGCUGCAACCAUGUAUGGAGGGUGCACAUCCUGCAGAGGUGAUGACAGAAUGGGGGGCAAAUGGGCAGUGGUACCAUCUCAAGUGAUGAAGGACUCGGAAUAAUGUACUUCCCAGAAGUCGGCAUUAAGUACACUUUGUACAAGUAUUUUGCUUUUUUCUAAUUGGGCAAAUUGUAAAUGUGCUGUAACAAAUUUUAGUCUUAAUUGUAAAUUAACAAAUGCUCGACUGGUCAGCUUCAAUUGUAACUUAUUUGAAGUUGCUAGCUUAUUUCUAAUGUACUGUUUGUUUACACGGUUGUAAUCUUGCCUUUUCAAUAUGUAUAAAGUUUACUUUCAAAGUU